AAUGAUGGAAGUACGAACCAGACGUUCUGCUGGUGUUACUGGAGGCCCUCUAAAUCCCGCAAUGAUUUCUUUGUUACCUUUACAACGCUUGAAGGAAGAGUUACAGAAUAGUGGAUUGGAUGUUCGCGGAAAUAAAGACGAUCUAGCUAUGCGCUUGGAAGAUCAUGUGCGUCUCGCAGAGGGAGGUCGUCAAUUGUAUGAUCCAUCGCCAUUUUCGGCUUCACGUGUUGAAAGUGAAUCACCCAAGAAAAAUAAACGAGGCUACAAGCGAAAAGUUGAUGAUCGACAGCCAGAUGAUGAUAUAAUUGAUAUUGAGAAUACCGAACAACUACAACCAGAUAUUCAAAUAUUGACCAAUCCAGUAUCAGUUGCUGCUCCUCCGUUGAAAUUUAACUGGGCCAAAGAAAAGCCUUCGAUUGCUACAGUUUUGUCAUUGUUUCCUAAAGCUCCAGAGCCUCCAAUUUUUCACGAGGAAAUGUCUCAUGUUGUGACUGCACUGAAAGCUAACGAACAACCAUCACCUAAUCUUGCUUCAACACCAUCAGUGAAUAAUACUUCAAUAAUUGCUGAGAGUCCAGUAAUGGAAAAAUUAACUGUUAACAACGCUAAAGCUAGCAAAAUUAAAGAAUCAAUCAACCAAAAUGGAGAAAAUCAAGAACGACUUACACUCAAAGUCAAGAGAAUUCAUCUCGAGAAUAAAGAAAAAUCAAAAAAUUUGUCCAAGUCUCCCUCAGUUACUUCCGCUGAACACUCAAAGGUUCACAUUUUACCACGAAAAGAAUCAAAAGAAGUUCCUCAUAAGAAAAUUUCAUCAACAACGCCAAAGACAACUUUGAGGAAAAUUUCUACGGGAUUUGAUGCUUCUGAUAUUUCUUCUUCAAUUUCUAAUUCCAGUUCUCCUAAAAUUGAAUCGUCGCUUAACAAAAAUAAACUACAAAAUAGACCUGCAUUUUCUAAAGAAAAAUCGGUUGAAGAAAAACUAAAUUUGAGUUCUUCACAACAGAAAAAACAAAAAUUGAUUAAAGAACAACGUCAAAAUAGCCAACAAAAACGUCCUGAACAAAUUGAAAAACGAAGAGCAACAUUAGCUUCUGGGGAAGAUGCUUCUACAAAGUUAAAAUCAACUCCAAAAACAACAAAAGAAUCUACGCAGAAAAAAGUUGCCAAUCAAUCUCCAGGAUUUGAUAUUCUCGAUUCAAUUUUGGACAAACAGGAACAAUUACUUGCCAGAAAAACAGCUACUUUAGGCAUGGGAAAAUCUGUAGCUGAAUUAACCAAUGAAAAUUCUUCUGACGAUGAAGAGGUUAAUGAAUUGUUAGAACUGGAAUUGAAAAAACGAAAACAGCGAAUGGAUCGAGCUAGUGGAUUAUCUGCUGGAACAACUACUGGAAAUAUUCAGAUAUCCCAAACAUCACUUUCUACUUCUGUUAAUUAUUCUGAAACUUCUAGACAUCAAACAAUUAAUAAGUCUCCAAUUAGUACAGGUUUAUUCUUAUAUUUUUCUGAUUUUUUGUUAUAUUUUUCAGAAACUUCUCCUCGUCCUGUGAGUUUUAAACGGCCACAUUUCCCAUUUCCAUCACCUCCGCCACCGCCUCCAAAGAAGGUACAAUCAUCUCCUAAACCUUAA